ACAGUCUCUACUACGACACUCACUCAGUCACAUCCCCUUCAUUUCCUCAUCUAACAACCAUCCAACCCUAUUAUAAGCACACAAAAACAAAAUAAACCAUUUUAUUUUUCUCCUUUCUUCAGCUUUCAACAAUGGCGGCCACAGCUCUGAAACCCUCAAUCGCCAAACCUCCGCCCUCUCUCUUCCCCAAAUCUCCACAACCCUUUUCAAGAUUCAGCCUUCCGAUCAGACCCCCGUCGCAAUUUCACCGCCCCGCCACCCUCCGCAUCACAAAUGUCCUCUCCAAACCCACCCCCACCACCACCACAACCGCCCCUCAACAAUUUAUCUCCAGAUUCUCCUCCGACGAGCCUCGAAAGGGCUCCGACGUGCUCGUCGAAGCCCUGGAACGCGAAGGCGUGGAGCACGUCUUCGCGUACCCCGGUGGCGCCUCCAUGGAGAUUCACCAGGCUUUAACUCGCUCUCAGACCAUUCAGAAUAUUCUUCCCAGGCAUGAACAGGGCGGGAUUUUCGCUGCUGAGGGGUAUGCUCGUGCCACCGGGCGCCCUGGAAUCUGUAUUGCAACUUCAGGGCCUGGAGCUACUAAUUUGGUUAGUGGCCUUGCUGAUGCGCUUCUUGAUAGUACUCCGCUUGUCGCGAUUACGGGGCAAGUGCCAAGGAGGAUGAUUGGGACUGAUGCAUUUCAGGAAACUCCUAUUGUUGAGGUAACCAGGUCUAUUACUAAGCAUAAUUAUCUUGUUUUGGAUGUUGAGGAUAUUCCUAGGAUUGUUAAAGAGGCUUUCUUUUUAGCUACUUCGGGGAGGCCGGGGCCUGUUUUGAUUGAUAUUCCUAAGGAUAUUCAGCAACAGUUGGUUGUGCCUGAUUGGGAUCAACCUAUGAGGUUGCCUGGUUAUUUGUCUAGGUUGCCUAAGUUUCCGAAUAUAGGGAUUUUAGAGCAGAUUGUUAGGUUAAUUUCCGAGUCUAAGAAGCCUGUUUUGUAUGUUGGUGGAGGGUGUUUGAAUAGUGGGGAUGAGUUGAAGAGGUUUGUGGAACUUACUGGGAUUCCGGUGGCUAGUACUUUGAUGGGGCUAGGAGCUUAUCCAUGUUCGGAUGAUCUGUCGCUUCAAAUGCUGGGAAUGCAUGGUACUGUUUAUGCUAAUUAUGCAGUGGAUAAGAGUGAUUUGUUGCUUGCUUUUGGGGUGAGGUUUGAUGAUCGUGUGACGGGAAAGCUUGAAGCUUUUGCUAGCCGGGCGAAGAUUGUUCACAUUGAUAUUGAUUCUGCAGAGAUAGGGAAGAAUAAGACACCUCAUGUGUCGGUCUGCACAGAUAUGAAAUUGGCUUUGGAGGGUUUGAAUAAAAUUUUGGAGAGUAAAAGAGGAAGCUUGAAGGCGGAUUUCUCAUCUUGGAGGGAGGAAUUAAAGGAGCAGAAAACGAAUAAUCCUCUGGUUUUUAAGACUUUUGGUGAAGCUAUUCCUCCACAGUACGCAAUUCAGGUUCUUGAUGAGCUGACAAAUGGGGAGGCCAUUAUAAGUACUGGUGUUGGGCAACAUCAGAUGUGGGCGGCUCAAUAUUACAAGUAUAAUAGGCCUCGUCAGUGGUUGACAUCAGGUGGUUUAGGGGCUAUGGGUUUCGGUUUGCCUGCUGCAAUCGGAGCUGCUGUUGGAAGACCUGAUUGUGUUGUUGUCGACAUCGACGGGGAUGGAAGUUUUAUGAUGAAUGUCCAAGAGUUGGCAACAAUAAGGGCAUCAAAACUUCCUAUUAAGAUUUUGUUGUUAAAUAAUCAACAUUUAGGUAUGGUUGUACAAUGGGAAGAUCGGUUCUACAAGGCUAACAGAGCGCAUACUUACUUGGGUGACCCAGCAAAUGAAUCAGAGAUAUUUCCUAAUAUGUUGAAGUUUGCAGAAGCUUGUAAUAUAAAAGCUGCUCGUGUAACAAAGGUAGGUGACCUUAGGGCUGCCAUCCAAAAGAUGCUGGAUUAUCCAGGGCCAUAUCUGUUAGAUGUUAUAGUGCCACAUCAAGAGCAUGUGCUACCUAUGAUCCCCAGUGGCGGAGCAUUUAAGGAUGUUAUUACUGAGGGCGAUGGGAGAUCAUCUUACUGAGCUCAAGUCACAACUUAGCUUGUUUUAGGUACUAUACAUUGUAUCAGCUCUCUUUGUAAUGUUAUGUUAUCGACAGACCAGUUACACUUUUUUCGUAAAAGAAUGAGUUGAGUUUUGUUUUGGUUGUGCAAUUCUGCCAACUGAACCCUUUUUACAAUGUUCUGAAGAAUUCUGUAAGAAGUGUUCAUAUAUAUAAAAUAAGUUGGUGGUUUUCUUUUAA